UAAGAAAUGGUUCCAGAAAUUCAACUCUGAAGCAGGUGUGAUGAAGGAUGAGAUGAGGUUUCGUGCUGGUAUCUGUGCUUCAUGGCCAGAGUUUCUGAUGAGAAACCAGAAUUGAAAGAGAAGGAGGGCAAGUAAUAUCUCACUGCUAGCUCCUUCCUCACAGCAGUGAAGGUGGCUGACAACAGAAAAGAACUGCUCCUACUCACUUGAGUUGCUUUGGUUCAGUUUUCCGUUAUCUGUUGCAAACAAGACUUACUGAUUUCUUCUAGCUCCAGAGAGAUUUUUACGUUGGUUUGAAAACUUUCUUGUGCUGGCAAUGUCUGGAAUGUUAAAUGAACCUGGCACUUAGUAGGUGCUCAAGAAAUGUCUGUUGGACUGAAGAGGCCGUGGUUUGAUAGUGAAGCCAGCAUAUCUAGGCAUAAUUCCUCUGAUCUGUUUACCAGUUCCAGUUGUUCCCUACAUGGAACUGUUCAUGUACAGAAAAUGCUCACCUCUAUUGCUGGACCAUUGUCGAAAGGUGAUACAGCCCAAGUGACUGCUAUCGACUCUGAGGCAUUGAAAUUGAGUGAAAAUGUUAAUGGGAAGAAAUCUGAGUGCCAGGAGGGCCAGCAUGGUGAGGCCUGCUGUCAGUCAUGUCCUCCUGGCACGAGGAGAGCUACUGAUUGUGAUGCCGAACCAGCCAAGAGGAACAUAACAGACUGUGUGCCUUGCUCAGAAGGGAAGGACUACACAGACAAGCCACAUCGUAGUUCUAAAUGCCGAAGAUGUAAAAUUUGUGAUGAAGAACUGGGUCUAGAAGUGGAAAAAAAUUGCACCACGACCCAGGAUACCAAGUGCAGAUGUAAAUCAAACUUUUUUUGUAGUGUUCCUCCAUGUGAACACUGUGACCCUUGCAUUACGUGCAAACAUGGGAUCAUUGAGAAUUGCACACCAACUAACGACGCUAAAUGCAGAGAAGGAUCCGGAUCUAACUUAUACUGGUUGUUUUGCCUCCUGUUCCUGUUACUGAUUGCAGUAUUUUUACUAAAACGUUACGGGUUGAAAAGAAGGUGCAGGAAUGAAGAGGAUGAUUACCGUGUAUGUGGAGACUCAAAUACUGAAAUGGAGCAAAGGAAUCUCCCAGACAUUGACUUGAGUAAAUAUAUUAGUAGUAUUGCUGAACAAAUGGAACUGAAUCAAGUUAAAGAAUUUGCUCGGAAGAAUGGUAUCGAAGAAGCCAAAAUUGAUGAGAUUGAGAAUGACAAUCCCAACAACACUGCUGAGAAGAAAGUCCAGUUGCUCCGUUGUUGGUAUCAACGUCAUGGGAAGAAAGGUGCAUAUGACACUUUGAUUAAAAGCCUCAAAAAAAUCAAUCUUUGUGUUCUGGCAGAGAAAAUUCAAAAUAUAAUCCAGAAGGACAAUGCUAGUGAAAAUGAAAAUGCAAACUUCAAUAAUGAAAAUGAAACACACAACUUGGUCUAAAGGGAAAAACAACUCACUCACUUCUGAGUAUAGACAAGAAAAAGUAGUAUUUGAGUAAGUUUUUAAUAGCUGUAAGCUGUAAAUACUGCUUGGCUUUUUACUAGGUGUGUUUUCUUUUUUCAUUUCUUAGGUUUGUAGAGCUAAUAUAUUUACAGGUUUCAAGAUCUUGUGUGUGACUCUGCCUUCAAGGAUGUUUAAAUAAUCUUGUUGGGAAGAUGGAAAUGGUUAAGAGUAAAUGCACUGGCAUGUUAAGUACACAGAUAAGAGUGUAUUUAAAGGACAAAAGGUUGGGAUCAUGCUCUGUAGCUAGGAAUAUAAUUAGUGUAUUUGAAUACAAAUGUCUAUCCACAGGUUGACUGCAUUCCAAGAGUCAGUAGAAACUGUAACCUUUUGUUACAAUGUCACAAUCACUAGAAAGACUACUUUGUCUGCAAAUUACCUCCCCAACUCCCUGAAGAUUCUAGAGGUUUUACCAUAUUUGUAAACUUUGUUUGCAACUCUGAGAGGAGCAUAUUAACAAAAGCUCAUGUAUACAUCUGAAUGCAGAAUUUAAAAGGUUCUACCUCAAAGAUCUUUUCCUAGAUUAUUGGCAUUUCAUUGUAAAAUAUUUCAAUUUUGAAUUCACACAGAAAAUGCCGACUAAAUUGAUGCAGGGUCGGUGAGCCGAGGAGUCGAAAGAAAGAUUUCUUAGACUCUC